UGGAAAAUAUAUGGUACUGCUUUUAAGUUCCUGUUCUAACAUUGUUUUUGUCUCCGCAGCCCAAAAAAUGAUCAGGACAUACCAACGGAUGACUCACUCCAGGCAUCAAAUACAGCAGAGGUGCAUGUUAAUGUUGGCUCAGGAGUACCAACUGAAGAUGUGUCUGGCUGUUGAAAGCGAAGAUGAUGACGAUCUUGCUGUGGCAAUUUAUGAGUCAAUCCAGGCAUCGCAUACAGGUGAGGUGUCAUGUGGUGGGGGAUCAGAAGUCCAGAGUGAGGACUUUGUCAUAUGGUCAAAUUAUGAUGAUUUGGAAAGAGAGGAGAUGGCUCCAGUGACAGAAGUGGCAGUUCUGGUUACAGAAGAAGAACCAGAACUUGAUGUGACUGCAAUUUUAAAAAACAUGAGCUCCCAGCUAGUCCCAGGGCCUCCUCCACAAUCCAACAGCAUCAUGGUCAUGAGAGAGACCAUCUUGGAUAGUGCCUUCAGGGCGUUCCGGAGGCAAAGAUUUUCACCCACACACCGCCUAGACGUCACAUUUGUUGACUGUGAUGGGACAGGGGAGGGGGCUGUUGAUGAUGGCGGGCCCUCCAGAGAGUUUCUACGUCUCUUGGUUGUCGCUAUCAGGGAUAGUAAAUAUUUCAGUGGGCCAGAAGACUCAAAAAAUCUGUCCUUAGUGUCACAGGGAGUAGAAAAUGGUGACUACACGCUGCUUGGCAAAAUGGUCAGCGUGGCCCUUGUCCACGGAGGCAUACGACCACGCUUCUUCUCAAGCCGCUUGUAUACCGCACUAGGUUGUCGCCCAACACCCCCUGUCAACCUGGACGAGGUGGAUGAUUACGACUUGAAGGAGAAGCUGCAGAAGAUCUUGGAUGCAGAAACAUUGGCAGAGACCCAGGAUGAAGUCAUGGAAGCCUCUGGGGCUUUGAGCAUGCUUGGGUGCACAUGCUUGAUCCUGAACAUGGACCAGAAAAGGGUCUUCAUUGAGGACGUGGCAAGGGCCUAUGUUGAGGGGCGAACCAAAGUUGCCAAGGAACAAUUUAUUGAUGGAUUGCAAACAUUGGGAGUUGCCAACGCCAUUGAGAACCACCAUGAGGCAAUAAAACCUAUUUUUGUCGGAGGACUUAAAACGGUGAGCCUCCAGGACAUGCAAAAGCUCUUCAGCGUGCAACUCUCUCUGCCAGGGAGUAACAAGAGGAGGUUGGAGAACCAGACGACCAUCUUCUGGAAUGAUUGGCUGUUAGAGGUGGAUGAGGGAACGAGGCCAGUGACCCUGGGGCAAAUAUUAACGUUUGCUUCAGGCAUAGACAACAUCCCACCGCUGGGCUUCAACACCUCUCCAACCAUUGAGUUUUUGCACCAUGAGGACGGGAACAACCGCAUCUUCCCAGAGGCAAAUACUUGUGGGGUGGUCCUGCGGCUGCCUAUUCACCCUACCUAUGCACUGUUUGUGCAGUAUAUGGAGUCUGGAAUAUUGCAGUCCCCUACAUUUGGAUUAAUCUAAUAAAAGUUGCCAUUUAUACAGU